GGAUAUUAGUGUUAGUCUUUUUGGUGUUGACGCUGAUACAUUUGUGUCAUGCUUUUCAAUAUUGGAAUCACUGUUUACUUAAUUGAUGCAUUUGUUUUUCUAUUUGCGUCAAUUCUCCUUCUAUUUGCGUCCAUAUUUUCUCACGCAGAUGGGGUUGCAUUUAUAUAAGCGGUUAACUCGCGUGAAGAAUCAGGGGUCGUGCGGAAGUUGCUGGGCGUUUGAGACUGUGACGGCGAUGGAAGGGAUAAACCAUAUUGUCACCGAAAACUUGACGGAGCCGUCGAAACAAGUGCUGAUCGAUUGUGAUACCACGUACAACAACGGGUGCAAUGGAGGUCUGAUGGGUUGUGCAUUUCCCUUCAUUGUUUCUAAUGGUGGGCUUCGCAAUGAGGAAGACUACCCAUAUAUCAUGGAGGAAGAAACUUGUUCUUCGAUGAGAAAGGCACUAGCAAGCGUGGCCAUUGAGGCUUCUGCGUGAGACUUCCAAUUUUACUGCUGGGGGUCAAGCGAAUGAAUCAAGCUUGAAUUGUUUGUUAAGAACUCUAUCGAUUCUUUUAUAUAUUAAUGUUAUAAUUUUCAUUUGAACUUUGAAUCCCAAGAACCUGUGAUUAGAUUUCUACUCUGUAUGAAUUUAUUAUGAAUUGAUCAUGAAAUUGAAGAAGUUUCUAAUAUGGUGAUCGAGGAACCUCAAAUAAUAAAAAUGUCAUGAUAAU